AUGGGUAUAUGUUUUGGGAUUUUAGAUGAAGACAAUUAAAAAGAUUAACAAAAGAAUCCUAUUCCAAUAGAAGAAUAAGCUGCUUAAUAAGAUAAAGAAGAAGAAAUAAGUUAUUAAAUUGAAAAUUUCACAUUUAAGAAUGUAAUACUAAUAUUUUAUUCAUAGAUACUUGGUAAAGGUGUUUUUGGAAAAGUUUUCUUGGCUGAACACAUUAAAACAAAGUAAUAUUUUGCAAUUAAAAUUAUCAAUAAAGCGCAAUUAGAAAAUUACAAUUUUAUAGAAUCAGAACAUUAAAUUUUAUAGUAAACACAAAGUCCUUUUAUAAUUAAACUAUAUUUUACUUUUGAAAAUAUGAACAAAUUAUAUUUGGGCACAGAAUUUGUUAAUGGUGGAGAUUUGUUUGUACAUUUGAAAAAGAAUGUAUAAUUUUCAGAAGAAAGGACAAGAUUUUAUGCAGUUGAAUUAAUUUUAGCAUUAAAAUAUUUACAUGAAAAUAGAAUUAUAUAUAGAGAUUUAAAACCAGAAAAUAUAUUAUUAGAUCAAUUUGGACAUAUCAAAUUAACAGACUUUGGUUUAUCGAAAUUUAAAUUUAGUAAAAUUACUUAUACAGCAUGUGGAACACCAGAAUAUGUUGCACCUGAAAUAUUAUUAGAAUAAGGUUAUAAUGAAUGUGUAGAUUGGUAUUCAUUAGUAAAAAUGUUAUAAAUUUAUAUAGGGAAUUCUAAUAUAUUAAAUGUUAUGUGGAUAGAUUCCAUUUUAUUCAUAAAAAUAAGAGGAUAUGAUAAAUAAGAGAUUAUCUUAGCCUUUUGAAUUUCCAAAGUACUUGAAUUAAAAAGCAGUUGAUUUGAUAUAAAGAUUAACUUAGAAUGAGGUUCAUAAUAGAGAGUUUCAUUAAGGUUUCAAAACGUUUAGGGUUUAAAGGAGCAGAUGAAAUAUUACGACAUCCUUUUUUUGAAAAUAUUGACCUAGAA